AUGGCGCCACGAAGUCCCUACUCAUCCAGCAGCCGUGAGCUCCAUGUUGUCGUCCUCGGUGCAGGUGGCGUCGGCAAAAGUUGCCUCACUGCCCAGUUUGUUCACAAUGAAUGGAUCGAGAGCUAUGAUCCUACAAUUGAGGACUCAUACCGCACUCAAGUUCAGGUUGACGGUCGACAAGUUAUUCUAGAAAUCCUUGAUACCGCUGGCACCGAACAAUUUGUGGCUAUGAGAGACUUGUACAUGAAGACAGGCCAAGGCUUCCUCCUUGUUUUUAGCAUCACAUCAGCCUCAUCACUGAACGAACUGGAGGGCCUGCGAGAAGAGAUCCUCCGAAUCAAGGACGACGAUAACGUUCCCAUGGUCAUUGUCGGCAACAAGGCCGAUUUAGAAGAAGCCAGGGCUAUCCCCCGUGCCAAGGGCUUUGCCAUAUCGCAGAAAUGGGGCGCUCCCUACUAUGAAGCCAGUGCCAGGACCAGGACCAACGUUGAUGAAGUCUUCAUCGACCUUUGCCGCCAGAUGCUACGCAAAGAGGAUGACACGACGGACCCCGACGACAGCUCAAGGAUAGACGCCCUCAAGGCCAGCAACAACAAGCGCAGACGACGUUCUAAGUUCCGUGACAGCACCCACCCGCGAUGCGUGAUACUGUAG